AACAUUUUUUUCUCGUUUUUCUUUUCAGUAUGGGGUUAUGGCUUCCUCUUCGUGACAAUCAUCAAUAUGGGAGCCUUUGCCGGGGUGUGGGUAAUCCCUCUUAUGGACAAGAGGAUGUAUAAGAAUGUCAUCAUGUAUCUAGUAUCCCUCGCCGUAGGGACGCUCGCAGGCAACGCUUUACUUAGUCUCAUUCCAGAGUCUCAAGGUAUUUUCCUGGACGAGGCCGGCCAUGAUUUCAUCUGGAAGAAUAUGGUGGUCUUGGGAGGUAUCUAUCUCUUCUUCAACACGGAACGCUUACUCAAAAUCAUCGCCAGCAGACGAAGGGCCAGAUCGAGAAGUAGUUCUGAUAUAUCAAGGCGAUCGGGCAUGGUGGUGACGGCAAUGCACAACUUAGACUCCAACCCAGACAGAAUAGGCUAUAAAUUCACAUCCCCAACGGAGGCCAUGGCGAUGACUGAUGCAAAGGAUCUGGAGGCGGAGCGGGAGAAAAGAGCAAGUCGGGAGGCUUUAGAGGAAGGAAAUGGUUUGCUUUAUUCUACACCAUCGGGCGAUGAUAAAAAGGCAUCAUCCCUCCGGGAUGUAUAUCUCAGAAGUAACGAGAAGGACAACCUGAGACCCGAUUCCAACCUCACCAGUCACCAUGGCAAACCCAAUGGCCGCGCCCAUGGCAACGGCAGCCACCACGGUCACUCUCACACACAGAUAUACGAUGGAACGAACAUGAUCGCCACCGUGGCCUACAUGAUCAUCUUUGGUGACGGCCUUCAUAAUUUUAUCGACGGGCUGGCGAUUGGGGCUUCCUUUACGAAUUCCAUUUAUCAGGGGAUUAGCACAUCGGUUGCGGUCAUUUGCGAAGAAUUUCCCCAUGAGCUUGGUGACUUUGCCAUCUUGUUGAACUCUGGGAUGACUGUGAAGCAAGCCGUCCUUGCAAACUUCUUGUCGGCGUGUACGUGCUACUUGGGCCUCAUCUUCGGUAUCGUUCUUGGGGAGAAUUUCCACGCCAGCGAGUGGAUCUUUGCUCUGGCGGGCGGCAUGUUUCUUUAUAUUUCGUUGGUGGAUAUGCUGCCCGAGAUUAAUAAUGUUGGAGGCGGAGACCCAACAGAUGAGGACCAGAGAAGCUUCAGGAUCUUUUUCAUUCAGAACGCUGGACUUCUUUCUGGGUUUGGUCUAAUGGUGAUCCUGGCCUUGUUUGCAGGCCAGAUCCAGGUCUAACAUCAAAGAUGGUCUCAAUUAGAACACAUAUGUUGUUCCAAGCUAUAUACGUAGGUGAGAUCAAGGCCUAACUUUCAUGCAUGCAUGUAGCCCCGACCAAAUUAGUUGGUCCAGGCCUUGUUCGCUAUCGAAAUCCUAGUCUUCAAGAUAUGGCCUCAGCUACAUUUUUGGGCAGAUAUAUUUUUUUGUUUCUCAUGCAUAAUGUGUACCAUAUCUCUCUUCCAGUCAAAGAUUUACAUGUACAUUCAAGAGAAGUUAUUACAAGUAUUUUAUAUACCCUUCUUAUCUUUAAAUGAAAUUUUUGGAGGAAGUGCUUUUGGAUACAUGUAAUAUGUUGUAUGACACCUGUAAUUGGUUGUGAUACAUCUAGAUCGUGUAAAUUUGUUGAUUCUAUUAUUUGUGUGCUUGUACAUAUUUUUAUUUGUGCUUUCCAUUUUUGACAACACGAUGUGCUCAUUCAUCUGUCAGUCAUAUUCUACCAUCACAAGUUGAGUUAUGUAUUUUUUUUGUUGUAAAUUUCAUUGAAGAUAAGUUAGCCCUAUGAGUGGUGGAGUCAUUUCCAAAGAGAAAUACAGUCAAACCGUAGUUGGUGGCCACCUGUCUAUAUAGUGGCUACCUGCCAAUAGUGA